AUGGAUGAGACUCCGGAGCUUCGCUGGUCCAACGCGUACUCCGUUAUACCUCCAGUCUCGAUCGGCAUAAAGAACCUCUCUGGCGACAAAAUCAUACUCCCUCAGUCCGCCCUCGAGCAGCUCCUUGCAGCUGCAUCACCGCGACGACCGACCGGAGCGACCUUUACCUCGACCGAUCCCUUCAACCCAUAUAGCGCCGGUUUUCUGGCGGGCCAUGGCCAAGAUGAAAACAGCCAACAGCUUCCACACCCUUUAACGUUUCGACUGGUCAACCCGAAAAAUAACAAUGUUGUCUUCGCCGGCAUUCGCGAGUUCUCCGCUCCCGAGGGAACAUUAUGUCUAAGCCCUUUCCUGAUCGAGACGCUGGGAAUUGAGGAGGCACAGCUGGCAUCUGCGAAGGACGUGGAGGAUCACCAUGUUGUGGAUCUAACAGCAGAAGAGGUAGCUUCCGAGCCUCUUCAGAUCACCGUCCACGCCAAGCAGUUGUCCAAAGGCACAUAUGUGCGGUUACGGCCCCUCGAAGCGGGAUACAAUCCAGAUGACUGGAAGUCGCUGCUCGAACGAUAUCUCCGAGAAAACUUUACGUGUCUUACCAAGAACACCGUGCUUUCGGUCCAUGGCGUUCGAGGCGAGACAUUCAACUUUCUGGCGGACGAAUUCGCCCCCGAAGGAGACGCAAUAUGCGUCGUGGACACAGACCUGGAGGUUGACAUUGAAGCACUCAAUGAGGAGCAAGCCAGGGAGACUAUGCGCCAGAUCAUGACGAAGAACCAACCACCGACCACGGGUGGGAGCUCUCCCGGCGGUGAGCUUGAUAUUUGGAAGGACCUACAGGGCCAAGUCUCGCCCGGCGACUAUGUUGAUUAUGUGCUGCCGUCUUGGGAUCGGUCACAACCGCUUACCAUCAUGCUCAGCGAUGUUGGGGAUGAGGAUAUGCUCGAUUUGUUCGUCACACCAAAGUCGUCUCAGCAAAGGACUGUCCCCCGAGCUUCGACCCAUGUGUUUGGAAACUUCGAUCCCGCCGACCACGGUCGCAAAGCUAUCUCAAUCGCUCCAUCCAAUGUGGAGAUGCAGGGUGCCGAAUCAAUCCUCGUGUCGGUACACGCGUACCACGGGUCGAGCGGAGCGCAACAUCAAACGGAACCUGUAUCGUAUACGAUCCGAGCCAAGGCUGGCCACGCCGAUGAAGACAACAACAUCGAUGCCAUGGACGGUGUCCAAAGCCAUGGCGCAGAUGAAGAGCAGUGCAAGAACUGUCUGCAAUGGGUCCCGAAGCGGACCAUGGUUCUCCACGAGAGCUUCUGCAGGAGGAACAACAUCCUCUGCCCGCACUGCAAGUCCGUUUUCAAGAAAGGGUCGACAGAAUGGGAGGCGCACUGGCACUGUCCACAUGACACUGCACACGGCAACUCGGUGACCAGCAAGGAAAAACAUGACGAAGACUUACACACCGACCGGCAAUGUCCUUCAUGCGAAUUCUCCACGAACUCUCUUACGGACCUUGCUCGGCACCGAACAUCAGUCUGCCCGGGCAAAUUGAUCCUGUGCCGCUUUUGCCAUCUUGAAGUGCCACAGGAAGGCGAUCCUUUCAACCCGUCUCCAGAAGUUGCCUUGUCUGGCAUGACAGCCCACGAACUAGCGGACGGGGCUCGAACGACGGAAUGCCAUCUCUGCGAUAAGAUCGUGCGACUGCGAGACAUGGAGACUCAUCUCAAGCAUCACGAACUAGACAAGGUCAGCCGCGCAAAGCCGCAGAUCUGCCGCAACGUAAAUUGCGGCAGGACAUUGCAUGGCGUGGGGCCGAAAGGACAAGUCGGUGCCAACACGGCCCAUGGGCAAGGGCCUGGGAACGACAUGGGCCUUUGCUCGCUCUGCUUUGGGCCAUUGUAUGUGAGCAUGCAUGACCCCGAAGGCAAGGCGCUACGGAGGCGGAUAGAAAGGCGCUAUCUUCAGCAGAUGAUGACUGGUUGCGGGAAGUCACACUGUGCCAAUGAAUGGUGCAAGACCGGUCGCGCCAAUAUGGGCCUGGAGCCCAGAGGGUCGUCUGCCCAAGCCGCCCUGCCGCUUGUUAAGCCGUUGCUAGAGAAUAUCCCGAACCAAAACGAACCGGUCUACUUCUGCGUUGAUGAUGCAAACCAGAAGAGAAGGAAGCUGGCGGAGAUGGUCGCUGCAGAGAACGUCUGGGACUUGGAGUGGUGCGUGGCAGCGGCCGAGGCAGAAAAGGGGAACUUGGACAAGAUGAGAGAGUGGCUGCAGGCGUGGGCACCAAAACGAUAG